GGGAAGUGAAUCCUCUUGGCUUAAUGCAGAUGAACACAGCAUUAGGACGGCAGGGAUGCUGAGCUCAAAAGUGCGUUAAACAUCACAGAGGGUUGGAAAUCUCACAUAGACUCUCUUCCUGACCUGGACUUUCAUUUGGAUGUUUUUUUUUUUCCUGUUUCCUCUUAAAUUUGAUGACCACUCCUGUGGGUUGGAUCAAAUACAUUUAUGGGUUGCUGAGAGGACACGAGACACAAGUGGUUUGCAAUGGCCGUGGCUUUGGACGCGAUAUGGGUGAGGGUGAAGAAUGUCUGCAAACAGAACGGGCUCCUCAUCCUGUCUGUGCUGGCUGUGGUCAUUGGCUGUCUUUUGGGAUUCUUUUUGAGGACACGGCGUCUUUCAGACCAGGAGGUGAAGUACUUCCAGUUCCCAGGAGAGCUGCUCAUGAGGAUGCUGAAGAUGCUGAUUCUGCCACUUGUAGUGUCGAGUUUGAUGUCAGGACUGGCAGCUCUUGAUGCCAAGUGUUCCAGUCGACUUGGCCUGAUCACGGUGUCAUAUUAUUUGUGGACCACCUUUGUGGCUGUGAUAGUGGGGAUCAUGAUGGUCUCCAUCAUCCACCCAGGUGGUGCUGCACAGAAGGAGGACUCUGAGGACAGCAAUAAGGCUAUCAUGAGCUCUGCAGAUGCUCUGCUGGAUCUAAUCCGAAAUAUGUUUCCAUCAAAUCUGGUCCAGGCCACAUUUCAGCAGUACCAAACAAGGAGUCAGUACAUCGUGAAGCCCAAACCAACUGUGAGUCAGGCCCUAUCAGAGUCCACCACAAAGAGGACACUCAUUUAUGGUGUUCAGGACGAUAAUGGCUCUGACAUCCAGAACUUUGCUCUCGACUUAACUCCACCUCCAGAUGUGCUGAUACACAUUCGUGAAGGGACCAGUGAUGGAAUGAAUGUCCUUGGGAUUGUUAUUUUUUCUGCCACUAUGGGUAUUAUGUUAGGAAGGAUGGGACCAAAUGGAAGCGCCUUGGUGAACUUCUGUCAAAGCCUAAAUGAGGCUGUCCUUAGAAUUGUUGCCAUUGUUAUUUGGUACUUCCCAUUUGGCAUCGUUUUCCUGGUGGCUGGUAAGAUCCUGGAGAUGAGUGACCCCUCCGCCAUGGGGAAGAAGCUGGGUUUCUAUGCCAUCACCGUGGUGUUUGGGUUGGUGUUACAUGGCUUGUUUAUACUGCCUGCCAUGUACUUCUUCAUCACCAAAAAGAGCCCAAUUGUUUACAUCAGAGGAAUCCUGCAGGCUCUGCUUAUUGCCCUGGCAACAUCAUCCAGCUCUGCCACCUUGCCUAUAACCUUCAAGUGCCUCUUAGAGAACAAUCACAUCGACCGUCGCAUAAUACGAUUUGUGCUCCCUGUGGGUGCUACCAUCAACAUGGACGGCACUGCUCUAUAUGAGGCUGUGGCUGCCAUCUUCAUUGCACAGGUUAAUAACUAUGAGCUGGACUUUGGACAAAUCAUCACCAUCAGUAUCACAGCCACUGCAGCCAGUAUCGGUGCAGCUGGGAUACCACAGGCUGGACUGGUUACCAUGGUGAUAGUGCUAACAUCUGUCGGGUUGCCAACUGAUGACAUCACCCUCAUUAUUGCAGUAGACUGGGCUUUAGACAGAUUCCGCACAAUGGUAAAUGUGAUGGGUGAUGCUUUGGCCACAGGCAUCAUGGCACACAUCUGCAGGAAAGAUUUCAUGAAGGAAGGAGAUGGGGUACCACUGAUCUGUGAGACCAAACUUCCUGUCAGUAAUCCACCUACAAUGAACUGCCACAUCAGCAAUGGCAACUUCCGACCUCUUUCCUCAGGUGUCAAACACAAGCUCAUCCCACCUGAUGUAGCCAGACUCAUGCGGCUUGAGGAAGGCGUUCGCCACGUUUCAGACAGGAAGAAACCUCCAGUUCCUCCCAGACACCUCAAGAAAAGCAAAGAACACUGUACUUUUGACCUAAAUGGCCUUGAGACCAAUGUAUAGCCUCUUCGUGGAACUUGGAACAUUUGGACUGAUGGGACUACUGGUCCCUGAAGAGAGAGACAUGUAAAGACAUCUGUAACCAUAAUAAUGUCUCUGGGACAAAGCUUUCCUGAAAGGCAAAAGGAAAACAGUUUGUGGCUGGAAGAGGACUAGACUGAUUGUUGCUCAAUCAAAACUCUGUUGUCUGUCUGUCUGUCUUAUCUAUCUAUCUAUCUAUCUAUCUAUCUAUCUAUCUAUCUAUCUAUCUAUCUA